AGGGGAAACGAAUAAACGAGGGAGAUGACCCAAAGCCCGUAAAAGUCAAUGAAAUUUCUUAUUGCCUAAGCCACACUACACGCGAUAAAUGAAAAAUUGCUUUCUUCCGAUUGGAAUAGAAAGAGAAACAGCUUACGCCAGAAGGAAUAGCGCAGCUUCCGUUCCGUAUACUCGGUUACUCCCACACAAUAUACAAGCACAAGAAAGAAACCUUCAAAAACUCAAAGAUCGUCUCCGAUUUAAUCGUUUCGGACACUUUGAAUGAUUAGCCUUUGCUAGGGUUAGGGUUGGGGUUUUCGUUUUCUUUUUCUUUUUCCUUUUGAGAUUAAAAAUUAUUUUCUCUCUACAGCUUUGCUGAUAUUCAUCCCCUAAGCGAUGGAAUCCAAUCUCGUUAUCAAGGUUAAGUAUGGAGAUACUCUUAGGCGUUUCAAUGCUUGUAUUGGUGACGGUGAACAGCUGGAUCUUAAUAUGGCUGGACUGAGGACAAAAAUUAUUGGGCUUUUCAAUUUUCCUGUUGGUAGUGAACUUACUCUGACAUAUAUUGAUGAAGAUGGGGAUGUUGUUACCCUUGUUGAUGAUGAUGAUCUGCGUGAUGUGAUGAGGCAACGCCUCAAAUUCUUGAGGAUUGAUGUGCAGCUGAAUAAUGAUAAGCAUGGUAAACCUUAUGCCAGAUUAAGUGGCAGUUCUACUCCUUUGAGAUCCCCAUCUGUUCAGCCUCCAUUGGCAAGCUUUAAUGCUGGUGCUGCUAAUGUAUUGAAAUCUGUACCAGAGCCUCUACGUGAUGCCCUAAGUGAAGUUUUUUCAAAGCUUUCCUUUGAUGUUGCUUCAAAAGCUGCAUCCGCUAGUCCUGUGUUGGGUGAUCUUGUGGAGUGCUUGUCUAAGAUGGGACAAUCCCAUCUGAGUCCUGUUAACCAGUUUGGAGCUACUGCUGAUUCAAGCACGCCUGUUGGAUCUUCUGAGAGCCCCUAUGCCCCAACUGACCCAGAUCCUUUGAGGGGAGGUGGCUUACAAGCAGUUUUACCAAAAUUUACAGUUGUUGAUUCAAGUUGCAAGGCUAGCAAGGAAGCCAACGCUGGAAUUGCAACAGGAGGUCUGGAUGUUCCUGCCAUUUCUGGUCAUGCUGCUGUUGAUUUGAAUGUUGACCCUCCUUCUGAUGCCAAGCUGACUGUAUGUGCUACCAUAUCCUCUGUACCUUCUGCAUCAAACGGUUUUGCUUGUAAUGACAAGGAAAACACUAAGGAGAAUAAUGGUCUUAACAAGGGGAAGAGUGUUAGCUUUGUGACGUCAACUCCCUUUAUUGAUACCUCAAGGAAAUAUUUUGCUUUCAAUGAGAUGGGUACGGAUACUACAAAUGAAUGUCCCUUCAGUGGAGUGCCAGUGGCAAACAACCCUGUUGUGCCUCCUUCACACCAUCCCUUGAGUCCAAGUAAAAGGAGCUUUGUUUCGACUGAUGGAAACGUCACACUUGGUACAUUCCACAAGGGAAUUCAAUGUGAUGGUUGUGGGGUUUAUCCCAUUACUGGACCUCGGUUCAAGUCCAAAGUUAAAGACAAUUAUGAUCUAUGCAGCAUCUAUUCUAAAAUGGGAAAUGAAACUGAUUACAUCAGAAUGGACAGGCCUAUGUAUUACCGGCAUCCAUCGUGUCGCAAGGCAUCAAAUGAUCAUAUUCCAAGGGUUGGUGGCCCAGCACUCCCACAUGUGUUGAGGAAUCGUGUACUGAAGUCAGGUUGGCCUAAGCUAGAAAGUUGCUUCAUCUUGGAUGUCAAUGUACGGGAUGGGACUGUAAUGGCUCCAUCUACGCCAUUUACAAAGAUCUGGCGUAUGCGCAACAAUGGUACUCUGCCUUGGUCUCAUGGGAUGCAACUUGUCUGGAUUGGGGGAGACAAUUUAAGUAAUGCAGCGUCAGUUGAUUUAGAGAUUCCUGCUGAUGGUGUACCUGUUGAUGGGGAACUUGAUAUUGCUGUUGAUUUUACUGCACCACAGUUGCCUGGUCGAUAUAUUUCUUACUGGAGGAUGGCAACUCAAUCUGGCAUAAAAUUUGGGCAACGUGUUUGGGUUCUCAUCCAUGUUGAUGCCUCCCUGAAGGAUACGAUUAGUGAUAACCUUGAGGGCUUGAACUUGAAUUUGCCCCCUGAUAGCAGUGGCCCAAGAGUCUCUGAGAUUGUAGAUAUGAAUGUUGAUUUUCUUACAGAGCUUUGCAACUCUUAUGCUGGCACGGGGCAAGUGAAGCCCAUGGUUAAUGAACAGUCAACGAAGGAGAAGACAGUAAACAACAGUGAUGUCCCAACCCCUAUUCCUACAUCUUCAUCCGUGACUUAUCCCGUUGUUGACCAAGGUGCUGUAAUUCCUGUUUUCCAACCGCCCACAUUAUCUUCAUCUGCAGCAUAUUCCAUCAUUGACCAAGGUGUCGCAGCCCCUGCUUUUCCACAAACACCAUCUUCAUCAGUGUCUUAUCCUAUCAUUGAUCUAUCAGAAGUAGCUCCUGCUGGACCCUCACAAUUGCUACCCCCUGCAUUAUGUGAACAAGCACCAUCUGAAGAGAAGAGCGAAAAUACCGUUGAGCAGACUCUACUUAAGGAACUUGAAGAUAUGGGAUUCAAGCAGGUUGAUUUGAACAAGGAGAUAUUGAGGAUGAAUGAAUACGAUCUGGAGAAGUCUGUUGAAGAUCUUUGUGGGGUAGCUGAAUGGGAUCCAAUCCUUGAGGAGUUGCAGGAAAUGGGUUUCUGUGAUGCGGAAAUGAACAAGAAGCUGCUGAAGAAGAACAAUGGGAGCAUCAAGGGAGUUGUCAUGGAUCUUCUAACUGGAGAAAGGGCUUAAACGAAGGAUGAUGGUUCUGUGUUAUGGAUGGGCUUUAUAUAUAUAUAAAUAAAUAAAUAAAAUGAAGUGUGCUUCUUCUAAACAUUUUCAAGUAGUUUUAAUUUUAGUUUUGGAGGGGUCUUUUAGGCUCACUACUAUAUGCAGCCAGAGAGCUGUAUGCAUUUUGCUGUUUCUUU